ACGCAAGGAAAGCAAAACAUAAAACAAGAGACAUAAGACACAGAAUACAAGAAGCAUGACAUAAACUAGCCAAAGUAAAUGUGGAGCUCUUUUAGAAAUAUACGUAUAAACUCCAUAAUUCUAGUUCGGCUUAAUCUGAGUCUCUGGAGACCCUCGGCCAACGGUUGAGCUCUUGUACCCACUUCAGACAGGAUAACCCUUUCAGCUUAGCCCAGUAAAUUUGUCUUGAAAAGUAACCCAACGCCAUCUUGCUGAAGUGUUUUGUGGACUGCAAAACUUCACCCAUCCUUCGAUUGGUAUGGGGAAUGCUAUUUCACUCGCAAUGGUGAAUUAAACAUUCAUAAAACGACUGGCAGAAAGUACCUCAUGGGACAGUAGCUGUCAUGUGUAGGAGGUGGAAUACAGGUUCACACAGCAGAGAGAACAGACUGAUACAGCUCAACUGACACUUUGACCCACUGCUAAACACAAAGACUUCAGGAUGGCUGCUCCUCGUCUCGCUCUGGCUGUGUUUGUGCUGACGCUGGCUGUCAUCACUGUGACUGAAGGCAUGCGUGGUGCUGGACCAAAGAAGUGCUGCCAGAGUUUCAAUGAGAAGCCUGUGCAUAAAGGGAGAGUGGUGAGCUACCAAAAGACCAGCCAGCGCUGCCCCGUCCCCGCCAUCUUGUUCAAGACAGUGGCAGGUCGUCAGCUGUGUGCCAGACCCUCUGCCACUUGGGUGAAGGACCUCAUCAGCUACCUGGAUGGCAAAUCCCUCCCAGGAGAGGGAUCCAACCUGUAACUGUGGCAACAGCAUUCCAGAGCCUGCAAAAGAAGAAAAUCUGGUGAUGAUGUGAUGCAACUUUUUAAACUAUGGCUUUUAAGGAAGUGUUGACUACAAAUAUGUCACUAUCGCCACCAUAAGGUCUGCACAGGGCAAUCAUAAGCAAAAUAUAUACCAGUACUACCACCUACUUACAAUAUUUUAAAUGAACAAAAAAAAAAAGUUAUCAUUUCUUGAAUACUGACAUUUACACCAUUUUCUGUUGUCAUUUUUUUCUACCUGUCUGAUUUAAUUUUCACAUACGGAACAAUACAUCUUUGUCUGACCGUUAGCACUGUGAACUGUGUCAGUUUGAAUUGACUUACAAAACCUGCGUUUCUUAAAAACAAGAGAAAUGCCUCCAAACUCCACCUCUUCAGUCGUCAGUAGAGUAUAAGCUAGUUACCUUGCUAUUUAAUCCUCUGUGAGUUCUUUGUCUUGUUCUGUAUAAAAUGAUGUUUCUUGUACAGACAGGUACCAUAACUUGACAAAAAUAUUUAUUUCUGUAUGCUUAUGCUACUAGUUUGAUUCUGUUGAAUUAAAACAAAAAAAAAGACAAAUCCCCCCAAA